UAAUGUAAAAUGGUUGUUUUUAAGGAACCUUUUAAUGUUUAACUUUUUUUAUUGGCUCCAAAAGUAAAAAAUAGCAAAUUGAUCAACGUGGCCAAUAAAAUGGAUUUAUUGCUGCCCAUGGAGAUUGGCUCAAAUCAAAACACACACCUACAUUCUUGCCCACACCCACAACUACCUUUAUAAACAGGCUCUGGGAGAGUGCGUGAAGUUUUUGCUGUUAAUUGGCUUUCCUUAAUUUGCCCGUUAGCUCAUGUGGGUUUGUCUCGCUUGAGUUUAAGCAAUUUUGGCAACAAUAUUUGACCGUAUCUUGUAUUUUGUUUUUAAAUUUUUGUCGCUACGCUCAAAAUCUGAGAAAUGGCAGACUGGAAGGCGCAGAUAAGUUACAACUACAACCCCUCUUACCAUGCCUAUGCUUAUGGCCUUAUGUACCAACCUGCGCCCGAGCAAAACCAGGGGAACUUGACCUGCUGGGGCGAAGCCGGAGUCACGGACUUGAACAACUACAACACCGGGGUAACACAGGCCUACUACGCCACCACCGCCAGGACCCGGGACGAGUCUCCACCUGGCAGUCCGGAGCAGCAUGCCGUAAACGGCCAUCACCACUACCAGGGUUCCGGGGUGGUUUACCUCGGUGACGCCCAGGCAGGCCGUCUAUUCCGGGCCAGACCACACCGGGCUGCCUACGAUGCACGGGCACAUGGGGUCAGGCGAGCAGGGAGCGAUUCAACCAGCGACUCGGAGCCGCACACCUCACCAGAGCCAUGGAGUUCUAGCAGUAGCAGAGGAGGAAGUCUGCCCCAGAUAGACUCUGCUACAUGGACAAAGAAAGAUCUUGGCAACGAGGCAGGCAGCAGGAGCUCCACUGCCAGCAAGGAUGUUUCCAGCUCUCUGGUGGAGGAGCCACAGACCUUUGCUGUCACAAGGAAUAAAAGCACCAACAACAUCACCUCUUUACACGUACCCUUAAUUUCCACUAAUAAGCUAAGUAAUACUGUUGGAAAUAACCCUAAAGGAAAGGUCCGGGCUGCCUUCUCAGAGAGUCAGAUGAAUGCUCUUGUCCAGCGCUUUAGCGUGCAGAGGUACCUCACCCCAGCUGAAAUGAAGAACCUGGCAGAAAUGACAGGACUGACCUACAAACAGGUGAAGACUUGGUUUCAAAACCGAAGGAUGAAGCUAAGGAGGCAUCAGAAAGAUACCAGCUGGGUGUCUGAGCGCUAUACAAUCAACAAGGACAGCCCACUUAAUGGAACCAUAUACACCAACAUUCCCUCGCAUAUCCCAUCUUAUCAGGGAGAGGCCCAACCCCAGCUCAAGGAGCAUUACAACCAGCACAUGGUGGAGGCAGCCUUAAAGAAGACUGCUCCUCAGAACGUGGCCUUUUAUUUGGCUGCUAUGGGCAGUGCCGCUGGACCUCCCGGGUACCACUCCUGGUCGUCCACUUCAUCCCAGACUGCAGUGUCCACAAGGCCCCAGGCAACUGGCUGGUCCAUGCCCCCAGGUGUCGGCCAGUAUGAAUACAGUCCCAAUGUAUUUAACUCAUCUGCAAGUAACACUGGGCAUGAUAUGAGCUUUGAAACCAAAGAUGAGGAGCCUGUCGACAGCUGAAAGUCUUUAAACACAGCCAUAGUACAUCAUUCCAGCCAACAGUUGUUUGAGCUCAUAAGCAUUUCUGUAAAUGUUACUUGACAGCCAUCUUUACUGUUUGUGAAUGUAGUUUGUAAUUAACUGAGGUCAUUUUUUUUGAUUGGCUUGGUGUACAUAUGCCUUGUUCAUACACAUACUGUUCAAAAUUAUUUUACUGUUUGAUCUUGAAGUUUUAUUUUUAUAUGCAACUAUUUAAUGUAUGUUGGUGUGUUCUUUGCGCUUGGUGAUACUACAUGGGUCCAUGUUGGAUGCAUUCUUCGUAUUACAUUGGUUUGUGUCUUUUUUUUUUUUUUUCUUUUUUUUUUUUUAAAAGGCAAAGUACUGAUACAGGUCUGAUAUGCUACACAUUAUUUUUUUUAUUUUUUAUAUAUAAAUACAAGUUCACUUAAACUUGAAAAAUUGUCUUCAUUUCACUUUGAAUGUUUUGCUGUAAGCAUAACAUGGUGACCUUGAUAACAUACAUUCACAUUACUCCUCUCUAAUUUGUGAUUGAAUAGAGUAUGAUACACAUGGUGUGACAGUUUUGCUAUUAGCAGCUAAUUUUAAAUGCCAUACUCCAAUACUAGCUAUCAAGACUAGGAGGCAGUAGAUAUGCAUCAAACAUGUCCAACAGCUCAAAAAAGCGUUGGACAUGAAAAGUGUAGCAUCU